AUUGUGAUGCUCUGGGUAAGUUCAUCAUGGAUAACACGAAGGACAAUGGGGCUCCCAUCUCCAGGGGAGGCCCGAUUUGGCGCAAUAAGCCUUUGCAAGCCUACUGUGCUAUUCCCUUUCACCCUAAGCGUCAGUGCCGUUUACUUCUAGGCUAGCGAAAAUGUCGUCGCAGCUUGUCUGGGAGCUGGUGAAGCAGCACAACUGCUUUAUUCGCAAGGCGGCGAAGGGCAUUGUGUUCAGCGCUGAGCCCAGCAACCUUUACAACAAGCACAGCUACAAGUACUCGGGCCUGGCGAACGUGAAGUCCGUGGGCGUUGCGGCUGAUGGCGAGGCCGUGAAGUUGACUGUUGGCCGCGUGAAGACGGCGCAGCAGCCCAAGAAGGCCACCCACAGUGUGACCAUGAAGAAGGACGCCCGCGCCGUGCUGAAGGCUGUGGGCAAGCAGGUGGCCAGCUUCCGCCCGGACCUCAAGGCUGCCGCCCUGGCCCGCGCCGCGGCUGUGCACAAGAGCAUCCGCGUGAAGAAGGCCAAGAAGCAGGCGUAAGCUGUCCGGGCCUGUUGAGGACAGGGGCUUAUGGUGCCGAGUAGCUGCCGCUCGGGGCCGUGGCCUCUGGCCUCUGUGUAACACUGGGUCGCACUG